CUGUGGUGCGGAGGAGAGGGGAGCCCAGCCCUUCGUGCCCUGAGCCCAGUUUGUCUGUGACUCCCUUACCUCCCACAGUCCCCACCACCCCCUCGCUAUCGCUAUUGUGCAAGGUGGUGAGCAAUCCGCCACAGGAGCGCAGCGCGCGCUUCACUGGGUCUCCUGCUCUCCCCUCCUCUCCCUCACCAGGCAGCCUGUCCCCCGCCCAAAGAGCGCCUUUGCAGGGCUGCUGUUAGUCCCCUUCUCUCUUUCUCUCCCCAAUCGUAGCCCAGUGUUCUCUGGGCCUGGCAGCCUUUGCCUUUAUGCGGGAGGUGAGGUGAGCGCAGAGGCAGUGUGCGCUCCUGCCUGGACUCCCGCCCAGCCUUCCGUCUGGGCUCCACUCCGCACAGCUUGCUCCUGCCCGCCUUCUGCAGGCGCAGGCAGCUCCGGGGGGACCCCGUGCGUGCGCCCGCCGCCGCUGCCCGCGGGGAAAGCUGAUAUCUCCAGUAACAGACCGACUUCUCUGCAUUGUCUACUUCGCAAAGUUGAUUGUGGGUGCGCCUGGACCUUUUCUGAAGACAGCAAAGUGGGACCCUAUCCAGAAUGAUUCCAUUACUUUCUCCUAUUAUAUUAUUUUUAUUCAUGUUCUGCUUUUUUUUCUGUUGGGGAGAUUUUCUUUUCCUUCUUUUCCUUCUCUACUUUGGCCUGGAUCGCUUUCUUUGAAUAAGUUCGCUUCAUUUGAAAGUGACAAGCGGCAGGCAGCCCUUGGAGAGCCAUCUCUCUGCUUUGGACUGAAGACCUCUUCACCCAGGUCUGGAGAAGGAAGAUUUUACAAUUACUUGCCACUCAACAUCUGCUGCUUCACCCAUCAGCAGCACUUGCCUGAGUGCAACUUCCUGUGAGGAAGACCAGGACUCUCGACUGACUGGCCAACUGAUAAUGUUCCCUAGGCGCCCGAACGGAAGCACUGCGCAAUCAUGAGUGUUCUAAUACCCAGACUUAGGGCACUCUCCAGUGUCCUACAAAACGGCAUCAUGGCUUUACAACUCAGCCGCAACCUGACGGACACGGGCCUGGAUGAGUACAUGAAUGGCACCGACAACUCGACCAAACCUGAACCGACCUCGGCUCCCGGUCCAAUCCGCAAGAACUGGCCGGCCCUCCUGAUCUUCAUUGUGAUCGUCAUCACUGUCGCUGGCAACAUCCUGGUGAUCCUGGCCGUGGCUCUGGAGAAGAAACUGCAGACCGCGACCAACUUCUUCCUGAUGUCUCUGGCCGUGGCGGACAUGUUAGUCGGGUUAUUAGUAAUGCCGGUGUCUGUCCUCACCAUCCUCUAUGAGUACACCUGGCCUCUUCCGAAACAACUCUGCCCGAUGUGGAUCUCCCUCGAUGUGCUCUUCUCGACUGCUUCCAUCAUGCACCUCUGCGCUAUCUCCCUGGAUCGCUACAUUGCUAUCCGGAACCCGAUUGAGCAUAGCCGAUUCAACUCUCGCACCAAGGCCCUUCUGAAGAUUGCGAUUGUCUGGACCAUCUCGAUGGCUGUGUCCGUGCCCAUCCCUAUCAUUGGCCUGAGGGAUGAGAGCAAGGUGUUUGUGAACGGAAGCUGCAGCCUGAACGAACCCAACUUUGUGCUCAUUGGCUCCUUUGUGGCGUUCUUCAUCCCGCUGUUCAUUAUGGUCAUCACUUACUGCCUGACCAUUCAGGUCUUGCAGGGCCAGAGCAGCGUGUUUGGGCCUGGGGAGAGGCGGAGGAAGCGGUCCAAGUUUGGCUGCCUGCGGAGGGAGAGGAGUGCCCACAACAUCUCUAUGAUUCACAACCCCAAUACUGGGGGGCCGGUUCGCCUUAUUUCUCCAGGCCAUCGGGAGGGUUAUCGGAAGGGAACCAUGCAAGCCAUUGCCAAUGAGCGUCGGGCCUCUAAGGUGCUUGGUAUUGUCUUCUUCCUCUUUCUGCUCAUGUGGUGCCCCUUCUUUAUCACUAAUAUCAUGGCUGUGAUUUGCACUCAGUCUUGUCGCAAGUCCACUCUCGAUGAGCUCCUGAGUGUGUUUGUUUGGGUUGGCUAUGUGUGCUCCGGCAUCAACCCCCUGGUGUACACCCUUUUCAACAAGACCUACCGCCGGGCCUUCCUCAAGUAUCUUAGCUUUGGCAGGUUGGAUAUGACCAAGAGCCCUCCCAGGCAGAUCCCAGUGAGUGCUGCUAACCUGUACCCCAAGGAAUACACUGGGCGGGAAUACACUGGGCGCGACUUUACCCCAAGGGGAUUCGUCCCAAGGGAAUACAGCCCCAGCCACGAGGAUGACGUGCCCCACAUUGUUCCCCUUGAGGACAGGCCCCCUGCCGAGGUAGUUGAGGUAGUUAUUGAGAUGGAGCCUUGCUCUGCCCAGCCAGUGGAAGCUAUUGUUGAGGAUACUUGUACUGUGGUCAAUGAGAAGGUCACUUCUGUUUAAGAAGGUCUUGCGCCGAGCUUCGGCUCACCCAGAGCGAGCUUCGUCUCGCCUAGAGCUUCGGCUCACCCAGAGCGAGCUUCGGCUCGCACCCCCACCCCCACCUUCGACUCCCCCC